GUCUCGUUCUAUCGCGCACAUACAUUUCUUACGCUUGCUGUAAUGGAGAUGUUUCUCAUCAUUGCUCUGCAGCUUCUCAUGGAGGUUUGGUCAUAUAACAUCCCUAAUAUAAAAGCAUCUCCAGAUGUCCUGACAAAGUCCCGGUCAUUUAAUCUGACCUGUGAGAGUCCAGCAGAUGUUACAGUAAUUCAGUGUUAUUUCUAUGCAAACAGACAAAAUGAAAAUCAAGUCGUACGACUCAGUCCAUGUCAUCUUAGUCUCACUGGGGCAGAAGUUCUCUCAUGGACGGGUGUUAAAUCACCUGUAUCACUGGACAUUGGUUGUUACUACACAACAGAUGUGAGAGGGGUUCAUAAACCAUCACCUCACUCUCCUCCUGCCACACUGACAAUACUGAAUGCUCUUAAGAAACCCGUCAUCAGUGUUAAAGAAAGUGCUGCCUUGCUCAGUAUAAAGUGUGAAAUCCCAGCGUCAGUCCGAGCUGAUUUCAUCUGUAAUCUCUACACUGAAGAUGGAUCUCUCACACACAGAAGUCAUUCUCAGAAAUCACAGUCUAGAAAGCAUUUUUGUCCAUUCUAUCUAAGUCCAGAUGAAAUAUUCGCAGAUGAGCAAACAAAUAACAGCCGAGAGCUGAGUUGUGAUUAUGUGCUGAACAUUAAACCUGCGGAAAUGUCCCCACGUAGUGACACGUACACCAUCAGAGAUGUUACUAAGACCCCUCACAGAUCUGCAGAUUACACAGGCGUGGGGUUAACAGUACCACUGCUUUCUGCUGCUUUAGGAAUAUGCAUGUGUGUAAUUAUGGGAUUGAUCUGUAUACACCAAUGCAUACAUCACUCCAGCCCAAUGAUGAAUAACUCCUCUGAAGACUCAGGAGCUGAUGAUGUUCUCACAGUGGUGGUCUACAGCACAUCAACCUGGCAUCCUCAGACAAAAGAACAUCUGUUUUGAGAUGCUCUCUGACUGUUCUCUCUUCUGUUCUAUUGUAGUGACACCUGCUUUAAAACAUGUCUGUUUUAUUUGACUGUGAUAACCUACUUAAAAUCAAAACACUGCAAAAAAGUAAGGUAAUUUAAGGUCAAUUUAAGUAUAGGUUUGUGUUAAAAACAAGCAAAAGAAAUCUGUCAAUGGGCUGAAGAAAAUAAACUAGGUACUUGAGAAAAAGGUCCAAGUAAAUUCAAGUUUAUUUUUCUCACCCCAUUGGCAGAAUUGUUUGCUUCUUUUUACCAUAAACCUAUUAUUUCUUAAAUUAUUUUUCAUAAAACAAGACUAAAUAUCGUAAAUCAAUAUACAAUUUCUUGACAAGAAAAGUGACUUAAGAAGUUUUAGAUAUUUGUACUAAAAUCAAGACAAAAACACUUAAUAAGAAUGUCAUUUUUUUGCGGUGUUUUGAUUUUAAGCAGUCAAAUAAAACAGACAUGUUUAAGUCAUAAACUUAUACUUAAUUCUUAUAUUUUUCUCCUUAAAAAGAGACUAAAUAUCUUGGGACACUUUUCUUGUCAAGAAAGUGCAUCUCGAUUUAAGAAUGUUUAGACAUUUGUUCUACAAAACAAGACAAAAACACUUAGUAAGAAUGUGUUUUUUUGCAGCGAAUAAAACAGAUUUGACCAGUCAUGGUAAACAUGGUUCAUUCUCUUACAUUACAUUUCAUUCACCUCAAUUGAACUAUUUCUCAUAACAGUGUGAUGCAGUCGUGAGUCCUGUUUUUAAUGCACUUCUUAUGAACUGAUCUGUCAGUGUUGUUACAGGUGUAAUUCUAGCCUAUCACAGACAGGUGCUUUGUUAUGACAGUUAUUACCCGCUCAUAAGAGUCAUACCUGUCAGCAUAGAUAUAAAUAACUAGAUGCCACAUUAGCAUCUGGGCCACUAUAGACCGUUUCAUCUGAUGUGCGCGGACUGCAGCUAACUUCCUGUCUGUGUUUGUUUAUCAGUGUGGCAAGUGUCUAAUAAUAACUAUUUAAUUUAGAUGAUUAUUUUAUUGUAUUAAAUAAACGAUUUGAUUAAUUUUGUUGUAUGUUCAUUUUAUUAAAUAAACUAUUUGUUGAAUGGGUCCUGUAGUUUUGACCAUGGUUUUGACGCGUAUAAAGAACCGUAUGGAACAUUGACGAACACAGUGUUAAAGUUGAAUGUGCUGUGUCAAGUUCAGUGUUUCUAACAUGUAAGAUUUUAUUACUUUGAUGUGAACUUUUUGGUUCACCAUUUACCAUUCACCAUUACACCAUUUAUGUCAAA